GAGGGGAGGGAAGCUGCUGAGGUAAAGUUAGGGGGAGCGAGAGGCGCCGUCAGGCAGCCGGCAGCCGGGGAGGCUUCGGCGGCCGCCAUUACUGAGCCGAGGGCGCCGGGGAAGGGAGCAGCGGGGAGGCGGGACGGGGGCUGCGGGCUGCGGCGGCGGGCCGGGGAGCGGAGCGGAGCCAGCCCGGCGGGGACGGGGCCGGGGCCGGGGGAGCCGCCGGCGUGGAGAGAGCGUCCCGGGCAUGCUGCUGCUGCCGCCGCCGCGGAGGAGCCGGAUCCCGGCGGCCAGAGUAUCCCCAUAGGAAGUGGCUGCCAGUGUUGUGUCGUCGCACUCCCCCCACCCCUCAAAAUAAAAAUAAUUGCAACCAAAUGCCUGCUGCUUACCGAUAUUGGACUUUAUUUUAGAUCCCUCAGGGAAGGACUUACUGAAGGACACUGUUUAAAUGUGUGACAUCACUGCAGAAAGAUCACAGCAGGAUAAUCAUCUUGCUUUGCACCUUGUUUUCCUAACGGAAGAUGAUCUUCCUCGUCCUGAGUAUUUGAAGUUCUCUCAGUGACGAGCUGAAGCAAGAACAGCUGAAAGCUCUUUCUGAAACCCUGGAUAUACAAUUUCAAACUUGUAGGAACGUUUCCAGAAUGAAAACCACAUACAGUUACCUUGAUAAUUGCAGAAGGAUGAGAGGAAAGUUAUGAUGGCAAAAAACAAAGAGCCACGUCCCCCAUCUUAUGCUGUUAGUGUUGUUGGACUGUCUGGAACUGAAAAGGAUAAAGGUAACUGUGGAGUUGGAAAGUCGUGUUUGUGCAAUAGAUUCGUUCGCUCAAAAGCAGAUGAAUACUAUCCUGAGCAUACCUCUGUGCUUAGCACAAUUGACUUUGGAGGAAGAGUUGUUAACAAUGAUCACUUUUUGUACUGGGGUGACGUAACACAAAGCGGUGAGGAUGGAAUUGAGUGCCGAAUUCAUGUUAUUGAACAGACUGAGUUCAUUGAUGAUCAGACUUUCUUGCCUCAUCGGAGUACGAACUUACAACCCUAUAUAAAACGUGCAGCUGCCUCCAAACUGCAGUCAGCAGAAAAACUAAUGUACAUUUGCACAGAUCAGCUAGGCUUGGAGCAAGACUUUGAGCAGAAACAAAUGCCUGAAGGGAAAUUAAGCAUAGAUGGUUUUUUACUGUGCAUUGAUGUAAGCCAAGGAUGCAAUAGGAAGUUCGAUGAUCAACUUAAAUUUGUGAAUAAUCUCUACAUUCAGCUCUCAAAGUCUAAAAAACCUAUAAUAAUAGCAGCAACAAAAUGUGAUGAAUGUGUGGAUCACUAUCUGCGAGAAGUUCAGGCGUUUGCUUCAAAUAAGAAAAACCUUGUGGUAGUGGAAACAUCGGCAAGAUUCAAUGUCAACGUGGAAACUUGUUUUACUGCACUGGUACAAAUGAUGGAUAAAACUCGUGGUAAACCUAAAAUCAUCCCCUAUCUGGAUGCCUAUAAAACGCAAAGACAGCUAGUUGUUACAGCAACAGACAAGUUUGAAAAACUUGUCCAAACUGUGAGAGACUAUCAUGCCACUUGGAAAACCGUUAGUAAUAAACUGAAAAACCACCCUGAUUAUGAAGAGUACAUAAAUUUGGAAGGAACGAAAAAGGCCAAAAAUACAUUUUCAAAACACAUAGAGCAGCUUAAACAGGAGCAUAUUAGAAAAAGAAAAGAAGAAUAUAUUAAUGCAUUGCCAAGAGCUCUUAAUACUCUUCUGUCAAAUCUUGAUGAGAUUGAACAUUUGAGCUGGUCGGAAGCCUUGAAGUUAAUAGAGAAAAGGCCUGACUUCCAGUCCUGUUUUGUGGUGCUUGAAAAAACACCUUGGGAUGAAACUGACCAUAUAGACAAAGUGAAUGACAGAAGGAUUCCAUUUGAUCUUCUCACUACGCUAGAGGCAGAAAAAGUUUAUCAAAACCACGUGCAGCAUCUUAUAUCUGAAAAACGGAGGGUGGAAAUGAAGGAGAAAUUCAAAAAAACUCUUGAGAAAAUCCAGUUCAUUUCACCCGGACAGCCAUGGGAAGAAGUUAUAUGUUUUGUAAUGGAGGAUGAGGCAUUCAAAUACAUCACCGAUGCAGACAGCAAGGAAGUGUAUGGUAGGCAUCAGAGGGAGAUUGUUGAAAAAGCCAAAGAGGAGUUUCAGGAAAUGCUUUUUGAACAUUCAGAGCUGUUUUAUGACCUGGAUCUUAAUGCAACGCCAAGUUCAGAUAAAAUGAGUGAAAUUCAUGCAGUUCUGAGUGAAGAGCCCAGAUACAAAGCUUUACAGAAACUUGCACCUGACAGGGAAUCUCUUCUGCUUAAACACAUAGGAUUUGUUUAUCACCCAACUAAAGAAACUUGUCUCAGUGGCCAAAAUUGCAUGGACAUUAAAGUAGAGCAGCUACUUGCCAACAGCCUUCUGCAGCUAGAUCAUGGCCGUUCAAAUUUAUACCAUGAUAGUGCCAAUAUAGACAAGGUUAAUCUUUUCAUUUUGGGCAAAGAUGGCCUUGCACAAGAAUUAGCAAAUGAAAUUCGGACACAAUCCACUGAUGAUGAAUAUGCAUUAGAUGGAAAAAUAUAUGAAUUAGAUCUUAGGCCUGUUGAUGCAAAAUCCCCAUACCUGUUGACUCAGUUGUGGACCUCUACCUUCAAACCACAUGGUUGUUUCUGUGUGUUUAACUCCAUUGAAUCUCUGAAUUUUAUUGGGGAGUGCAUUGCAAAAAUAAGGGCUGAAGCAUCUCAGAUAAGGAGAGACAAGUAUAUGGCUAAUCUUCCAUUUACGUUGAUACUGGCUAACCAGAGGGACAGUGUUAGCAAGAAUCUGCCUAUUCUGAGACAUCAGGGACAGCAGCUGGCCAACAAAUUGCAGUGUCCUUUCGUAGAUGUGCCUGCUGGUACAUAUCCACGUAAAUUUAAUGAGACCCAAAUAAAACAAGCUCUGAGGGGAGUACUGGAAGCAGUUAAACACCACUUUGAUGUUGUAAGUCCUGUUCCAACCAUUAAAGAUCUGUCAGAGGCCGACUUAAGAAUUGUGAUGUGUGCCAUGUGUGGUGAUCCAUUCAGUGUGGAUCUCAUUCUGUCACCCUUCCUUGACUCUCACUCCUGUAGUGCUGCUCAGGCUGGCCAGAACAAUUCUUUGAUGCUUGAUAAAAUAAUAGGUGAAAAGAGGCGCCGCAUACAAAUCACUAUAUUAUCGUACCACUCUUCGAUUGGUGUAAGGAAAGAUGAACUCGUUCACGGAUAUAUUCUGGUCUAUUCCGCCAAGAGGAAGGCAUCCAUGGGAAUGCUUCGCGCGUUUCUUUCUGAAGUUCAGGAUACGAUUCCUGUCCAGUUAGUGGCUGUUACAGACAGCCAGGCAGACUUUUUUGAGAACGAAGCAAUCAAGGAACUCAUGACUGAAGGAGAGCACAUAGCGACAGAGAUUACUGCGAAGUUUACAGCUUUGUAUUCAUUAUCUCAGUAUCAUCGUCAAACUGAGGUCUUCACGUUGUUCUUCAGUGAUGUAUUAGAGAAGAAAAACAUGAUUGAAAGUUCUUAUAUGUCAGACAGCACAAGGGAAACAACACACACAAGUGAAGAUGUUUUUUCAAGAUCUCCCAGAGGAAGUUCCCUUGACUAUAACUAUCCGGAUUCAGAGGAUGAUGCUGAGGGACCACCGCCUUACAGUCCAAUUGGUGAUGAUGUGAGGUUACUCCCGACGCCCAGUGACCGUUCAAAGUACCGACUGGACUUGGAAGGAAACGAGUAUCCUAUCCACAGUACGCCCCUCAAUUGUCACGACCACGAACGCAACCAUAAAGUGCCUCCCCCAAUAAAACCGAAACCCCUCGUUCCAAGAACAAAUGUGAAAAAACUGGAUCCUAACCUCCUAAAAACAAUUGAGGCAGGUAUUGGUAAAAAUCCCAGGAAACAACCUUCUCGGAUGCCUGCAGCGCCGCCAGAAGAUAUAGACCAAUCUGACAAUUACGCUGAACCUAUUGACACUAUUUUCAAACAUAAAGCCUUUGAUGAUAUCUAUGCAGUUCCGGAUGACAGUCAGAAUCGUGUUAUUAAAGUUCGAAAUUCAAUUGUUAUAAAUGCCCAGGGUGAUGAAGAAAAUGGGUUUUCUGACAGAAUGUCUAAAAGUCACGGGGAGAGAAGACCUUCAAAGUACAAAUAUAAGUCUAAGACACUGUUCAGCAAAGCUAAGUCUUACUAUAGGAGAACGCAUUCGGAUGCAAGUGACGAUGAGGCUUUUACCACCUCUAAAACUAAAAGAAAAGGAAGGCAUCGUGGAAGUGAAGAAGACCCGCUGCUUUCACCUGUCGAAACAUGGAAGGGUGGCAUAGAUAAUCCUGCUAUUACAUCAGAUCAAGAAUUGGAUGAUAAAAAAAUGAAAAAGAAAACUCACAAAGGAAAAGAAGAUAAGAAGCAGAAGAAGAAAGCUAAGGCAUUCAAUCCUCCAAUCCGUAGAAACUGGGAAAGUAAUUACUUUGGGAUGCCUCUGCAGGACCUGGUUACACUGGAGAAACCCAUACCUCUGUUUGUUGAAAAAUGUGUGCAAUUCAUUGAAGACACAGGAUUAUGUACUGAAGGCCUGUACCGUGUCAGUGGUAAUAAAACAGAUCAAGACAACAUUCAGAAACAGUUUGAUCAAGAUCAUGAUAUCAGUCUAGAGUCUAUGGAAGUGACAGUAAAUGCUGUGGCUGGGGCUCUUAAAGCUUUCUUUGCAGAUUUGCCAGAUCCAUUAAUUCCUUACUCUUUACACCAAGAGUUGUUAGAAACAUCAAAGAUCCUGGAUAGGACAGAACGGCUCCAUGAGUUAAAGGAAAUUGUGAAGAAGUUCCACCCAGUGAACUACGAUGUCUUCAAAUAUGUGAUAACGCAUCUAAACAGGGUUAGUCAGCAAUAUAAAACCAACUUUAUGACUGCCGAUAACCUGUCGAUUUGUUUCUGGCCUACUUUGAUGAGACCCGAUUUUGAAAACAGAGAGUUUCUUUCUACCACCAAAAUCCACCAGUCGGUUAUAGAGACCUUCAUCCAACAGUGUCAGUUUUUCUUUUACAACGGAGAGAUUGUAGAAACACCGAACCCAGUGGCGUGUCAGCCACCGCCUUCCAACACAGUGCAGAUGGUGGAGCCAAUGGUACCUCUUCAGUUGCCGCCACCGCUGCAGCCUCAGCUGAUACAGCCCCAACUACCAGCAGACCCUCUCGGUAUUAUAUAAAUAGAUGAUUGCAGGCAGCCUGGCACUGGACAGUAAAGAAAAGCUAUAGACGUGCAUGUUUCAGGAUACAGUAAUGUACUUCAUAUUUAUGAAAAAUAAUUCUCAUCCAGCUGAUUGGACAUCUUUUUGUUCUAUCCCGUACUGUGUUCCUCAUUUGUACACACUGCAGAUAAAAACUAUGUGGUAAGCAUGACUGGAGAGGUUUAAUUUUUAAAAGCAAAAAUAGCUAUAAAGUACAAAGCUGCUGCUGCAUGAUACUUUAUUGCAAUCACUAUAUCAUUCCUGUGACAAUUUGUCACAAUAUAUUGUGAAUAAAAUUUUUUCUAUAGAAAUUUAAUGAUUAAAAAUUACAUUUAUGAAACAUUCAAUGCUUACAGCCUGCUUUAUGGCUGUUUUUGUUAUUUAACAUGCUAUUUUUGGCAAUUUUAUUCACAUUCAAGCAUUCUGUGUAAACAAAUAAAGCCCAGCUAUAGUUUAUUUUGUAAUCUCCUGGCUACUUAUGUGACGGUAGGCUUAGGAUGGUUUAUGGAAGAAUGCAAAAUGCACUGUUGAGAAUUUUACAAUUCCUCACCUUCCAUCUUUACUUGUAAGUAAACCUGUGGACAGUUUGUUAAGGGUGGGUGAACUUGCUUAUUAUUUCUUACAGCACAAUACCAAGGACAUGCUUGUUGUAAAAGUGAAUUUCAAAUACUGUACAAAAGUUUUGAUGUUGCCUACUUAUUUCUUUAUGUUCCAUUCCUGAACUAAACAUUUUGUAAAACUCAAUUCUGUAAACAACUGCAUGUUUGAAAGAUCAUUGAUGGUCUUGUAAACUUAAUCUAAUAUAUUUUAGAUAUUUUAAUUUUUCCCACUUGGGAAUACAUGUAGUGUUUAGAAAAUAGUUCAUGACAUUUUCAUAUAAGGUUAUAUAACUUUUCAUACAUAAACAUGAACUUUGUUGUAGUAAAAUUCUCUAAACCAAACAAUGUUUUAAUCUAGGACUUCAAUUAAUCUAUUCUUUAAAUCUAUUUUUAUGUGACCCUUUAAAGAUAUAAAAAAUGCAUUGCUAAUACAUGGCAAUAAAUACUUUGGGUACUGACGAUUAACUUCUUUGGAGUGUGUAUAUAUAUAAAAUCACAAACUUGUAUUCAUUUUUUUUUCCUGUGGUAUGUUGUACUAAAAAUUCAAAUGACUGAUUUUUGUUUUUGCACCAUUUUUUUUAAUGAUCUCUUUUUUUCAUUUAUUUUCCUUUUACAUUGGUACCAAUUUUGCUGUAAAAGAAUGCUGCUUAAUUUAAAUAGAUCUUUUGGUUAAAUAUUUUGUUAGUGGUAAAAAAAAAUAAAAUUAGAAGGUUACAAAUUGUAGCAAAGGAGAGACCAUAGAUGAUCACUAUUUGUGAUACUUCAUAGCAGCUUUUUUUCUUUCAUGCUCAAAAUACACCUUUUUAGGUUUGCAAAGACGACAGUUUUGGCUCAUUCAGCUGCUAGAAUGUUCUGUGUAGUUUUUUUUAAAAAAGCUUUAUGGUGGUCACUGUUGUAAUCUUCACUUAUAACAAGAUUUAAGAUCGUCUUGUAUGUAUUAUAGUAAAUAGAUGAUUUUGAGACUUAAGGCUCUUAAGAGUUUGAUUUGCUUCAUUUUCAUAAAAUAAAAAUUGCCUUUCCCUCCCACUUAUGUCCUAGGUAUUGUACUUCUAAUUAUGACUUGGAAUAUCAUUCUAGAUUACUAUGAUACCAUAACUUGGCUGCUGUUUUAAGUUACAUGUAUAUUAUAAAUUAUCUUGAUAUUGUGUUAUAUUCUUGCAAUUAUCUUUUCUAAGAAAACAAAAAAAAAAAAGAAAAGUCAACCCUAUUCCCAUUGCAAAGCACACAGGAGUUAGUAGUACAAUAAAGUCUGUCCUGUAAAUUGUAGUAUUCUUAACUUGUUCUACUUUACAUCUGUUGUCUAUAUAGCUUUUAUUUAUAGUUGUCAGUCUAACAUUGGCAUGUUUAGCAAAGCAAAUGAAACUACGAGAGUUUUAUAAACUAUUUCUAGGUUGCUAAAGAAUUUAUUUUUCUACUAUAUAUGGUAUAGACAAAGCAUCACCUGUACAGGAAACAAGGCUAUUUCUAAUAGAAGUAAGCUUAAAAAUAAAUGCCAGUCAUAUCCAUAUUUAAAAGUUCUAUACAUAAAGUACCUUCAGUCUUUGUAAUGUGAAUUACAUUUUAAACUUUCUAUCAAGUCCAAGGUGUUUGCCAUAAUAUUUAUCUAACCUUUGAAUACUAAUUUUUAGAGUAAUUGACAUUCCAUUUCAUGAGCUUUCACAUUGAACCUUUCACAUUGAACUCACCAUCAGUAACAUUCUUCUUGUGUAUGAUGUUAUGGCUAAAUCACGUAUUUCGUGAUUUGCUAAAAAACGAACACAUUUGGCCAAAUAUGAGAGUGUUAUUGCAUUUACCAGAUAAAACAUUUAAAGAAAAAUAAUAAGAAAGCACAGCGUGUGACUCUUGGCUGUCACAUGGCAGAGUUCCUGCAUAGGAUUUGCAUUAUGCAAGUGUUGUAUGCAGGAAUGUGGAUGUGUGUGUGUAUGUACACAGGCACAUGUGCACAGACUUGCACGCACAUACACCCACAGAGUAAAGCUUCUAAAGGAUACUAGGAAAUUAGACCAUUGUUAUUAAAGUAUAUAAUAGAGCUUUCUCUAUUAUUUUUGUUAGUGCUAUAAAAUGAGGAAGCAUGUCAUUAUAUACAAACUCCUCAUAUGUUGGGUCAUGUAGUCCCUUCUAGUUUUAAUGGAAAUACAAACAAUAAUAACUAUAUUUUUUAAAUGUGAGCAUUUUUACAGUAAUAUCUAUCUUGAUAAAAAUACAAAUGUAUAUUAUUUUCAGUUGAGCAUCUCAGUGACACUUUAUGGAGUACUUUGUCUUUUUUUUUUAAAUGUAAUUUUGGUAUAGGCAUUCUGCAGUGUGUUGUUUUUCAAUGUUUUACCGAUUUUAAAGGCCCACACUUGAGUUACAAAAGCGCCAUUUUAAGAAAUGGUUAACAGAUUGUUUUAAAAUUCCUUACCCUUCAUGAUCUUGUGGAAUUUUAACAUAUAUAGUGUAAAUAGAUCACAGAUGUCAACUGGUAUGAAAAGAAACUUCUUUUGUUGUACGUUUUCUCCAUUAUUUGAAUACUGGUUGCUAGAAAGUUAUAGGUAUGUUUAUUUUUAGUUGCUGGCAUUUAGCUUCUAAUAUUUAUGAUAAGUACGGAAAACUUAUCAAUUAGAGAUGAAAAAAUUUGGCCUUAGCUUCCAUGCUUAUUUCAUUUUUUUCAGUAAUUGUGAUGCUGUUUGUCAACUGAAAAAAUUACAUAUAUAUAAAAUUUUUUAAGGUGAAAUGUUGUUCUUUGUUUAUAAUGUAAUCCUUUGUUGCUACAUCAACAGAAUACUGCAGUGGAUUAAAUAUCAGUGAAGCUUAUUCUGUAUAAAAGAUGCAAUGAAUAAAAUACUAAGAUGCUUA